GUUCGGGAGGCCUUGAGGAAAGCAGAGAAGGAACUGGAAUCACACAGCUCAUGGUAUGCUCCAGAGGCCCUUCAGAAGUGGCUGCAGCUGACACACGAGGUAGAGGUGCAGUACUACAACAUCAAGAAGCAAAAUGCUGAAAAGCAGCUACUGGUGGCCAAAGAAGGGGCUGAGAAGAUAAAAAAGAAGAGAAACACACUCUUUGGUACCUUCCAUGUGGCUCACAGCUCUUCCCUGGAUGAUGUAGAUCAUAAAAUCCUAACAGCUAAGCAAGCACUGAGUGAGGUGACGGCAGCACUGAGGGAGCGCCUGCACCGCUGGCAGCAGAUUGAGAUCCUCUGUGGCUUCCAGAUUGUCAAUAACCCUGGCAUCCACUCCCUAGUGGCUGCCCUCAACAUAGACCCCAGCUGGAUGGGCAGUACACGCCCCAACCCUGCCCACUUCAUCAUGACUGACGACGUGGAUGACAUGGAUGAGGAGAUUGUGUCACCUCUGUCCAUGCAGUCCCCCAGCCUGCAGAGCAGUGUCCGGCAGCGCCUGACGGAGCUACAGCAUGGCCUGGGAUCUCAGAGGUUGGUAGAGGGCGAGGCUGGCCACUUCUUGACAAGCCGGGUAUCUCUGCGGCGAAUGCGCAGUCUUUCAUCUGGACAGUCUUUCAGUUCUGAAGGCCACGGGACCAGCCCUCCAUCUGUGUCUGCUUCUUCUUCCUGCUCCUCUUCCACCACCACCACCACCACCAUCACCACCACCACCACCACCACCACAACCACCACUACCACCACCACCAUCACCACCGUCCAUGUCCACCCUGUUUAUUACCACCACAGCACUUCCUUUUUCCUCCAGAUGGAUCCCUACCCUGACCCACCCCCUUCUGACAGCACCGCUGUGAUGCCUGGGCAUUCAGAGAGCUUAGGGGAUUUGACCCAUUCCGAUUCGGAGUCCUCCCUCCACAUGAGUGACCGCCAGCGUGUGGCCUCCAAGCCUCCUCAGAUGGGCCAUGCUGCAGAUGAGGCUCUCAAUGCCGUGACUUCCAAUGGCAGUCAUCGGCUGAUUGAGGGGGUCCACCCUGGAUCUCUGGUGGAGAAAUUGCCUGACAGCCCUGCUCUGGCCAAGAAAGCAUUACUGGCGCUGAAUCAUGGGCUGGAGAAGGCCCACAGCCUGAUGGAGCUGAGCCCUUCAGCCCCUCUUGGUGGCUCCCCACCUUUGGAUUCUUCCCAUUCUCAUAGUCCCAGUUCCCCUGACCCAGACACGCCAUCUCCAGUUGGGGACAGCCGAGCCCUUCAGGCCAACAGAAACACACGCAUUCCCCACUUAGCUGGCAAGAAGGCUGUGGCUGAGGAGGAUAAUGGUUCUAUUGGUGAGGAGACAGACUCUAGUCCAGGCAGGAAGAAGUUUCCCCUCAAAAUCUUUAAGAAACCUCUUAAAAAGUAGGCAGGAUGGGGAGUGGCAGUGGUGAGACAGCUUGUCCUUCCCUGGGUCUUCUGCCUCCUCCUCCCUCCCUUCAAGAUAUCUGGCCCCUAUAGUGGGUGCACAGAGGGGCUGUCUAAGGGGCCUGGGCACUGUACAUACCUGCCCCCCUUGGGUCCUUCAUCAUUAUUUAUUAACUGACCACCAUGGCCUGCCUGCCCCGCUUCCCUCCCAACUGUGGGCUGCUGCUGUCACUCCACUUCAAUGCAUGUCUUAGUUGCUGUUCCCUCAACCCCCACCUCCACCUUUAGGGUACAGCUUCUGUCUCACUGUCCCAGUUUUGAGGUUUGGUUUUUUGUUUCUAUCUCCUACUUUCAGGCUCUUCCCUUCCCCUACCCCCAACUUCCCCCAGCAGUUCUGGGGAUGACUAGAGGAGUAACUUCUGACACCUGUACCUCAGAUCUGUUUGUCCCACCAACAAUGGUUCUGUUUGCCUCAGACUUGAGCCAAGAGCCUAAUCUUUGGGGUUUGUUCUUUGGGAGUGUGGUGGGCUGGAGAGAACCUCAUCCUGGAGCUCACAUGAGGGAGUAAAACCAAUUCCCAGAGAACAACUCACCAGAGUUUGAAGAGUGGGUAGGCUUAGGAUAGAUUGGGAGAGACCUCUCUUAGUUGGAGGAUGAAUGGAUGCCAAAGCUAUAAGGCUUUCCUCUCUUGUCACUUCCACAUCUGCCUUCCUCUUCCCCCUGCUCCCCCAUAUUGCAGGAAUGUUUGUCUUUAUGAGGUGAUGUCCUAAAGCUCUGUAAACAUCAGUACUCCUGAGGCUUAGAACAAUUGGCUCCCAUAAUUAUGUGAGCUACAGUCAUGACACAGGGCUCUUGUGGAACCCUGGAGCUGUUGGGCAAGGAUGUUGAUAUAUUCAAACCAAAAGACAAAACAGUUUAAAAGUUAAAAAAAAGAAAGAAAUCUCCUGAAUUUCCUAAGUGCCUGCACAGCAUAUUCCCCUUGCCAGACCCCAUUUUCAUGUAUUCCAGAGUCUGGGCUAGAGGUUCAAAAAGGAUACAUCUGGUGUGGAGAAAGGGUAGCAAAGGAAGAUGGUGUAAGGCUGCUGUGUAACCACUUCCCUCCAUCCUUAUCUUCUAGACAACUCUUUCCCUUACCUGUUUUUGCUGUUGCUGAAAGGUAUUUUCCCUCUGCCCUAUUCUGCCAUGCCUUUACCCUAGGACCCUAUGUUGGGUAUGGGGUGGGUGCACCUGGGACUGGUCUUAGGAGGGUGUUAGCCUCCAGACUGCCUUGUACCUCCUAGACACCCUCACAUGGGUUUUUCUGUGUUAUUUCAUAAGACUCUUUGAAGUCCAAUAAAGCAUGUAGGAGAUUUUAGCUACU